AACCCUAAACUAAACCCCCACAGAGAGAGCUUGUGUAGUGCUUCUCAGACCCGAUCCACCGAAGCCUCCCAUUGUUUUCGCUUCCAUGUGAACCAACCAGCCAAUCCUUCUCUGUAAAACCCAAAACCCUAAUUUUCAAAUUAUGUCCUUCUAUUUCUUGAUUGUCAAUUAUUAACCCCCAAUUGAAUCGCAUUUAAUGACGAUCCGCUCUCGGCUGCGUCGUUCUCGCUUCUUUCCCAGAUCUUCCUUCCCCAUCUCACCACCGACGUUUCCAAAUCUAAACACCACAUUACACCACUGUACUCUUUACAAUUUCACUCCAAGAACCAAAAUAAUAAUAAUAAUAAAAUAAUAAUAAUGAACAUUGUGUUACAUAUGUACAUAUAUUUUUAAUAUAUUUUUCUUUUAAUGGAAGAAAGAUUUGGGAAUAUCGAGAAAUUUUGGUCAAAUAGAUUAAUGGGUUGGUUAUUCACAACUGAGCUGCAAAUGGGUUGUGAAGAACAAGUACAGUCUGUCUGGGUCGCUAGCAUGAAGUGCGCCGCAAACGAGAUCGAUUUCUUGGUACUCGAGUCCACGUUACACUUUCAGAUUAAGAUGAUGUUUUGCUUUCAGUGCUACUUGCUUGUAUAUAAGUCUUGGUGUUCUUACUUCAACAAAUCAUCGUCGGCAUACAUCUUCGCUUGCUUCUCUGUCUCCUCUACCAAUUGGGGAGAUAGAUUCAUUCUUUUCGUUAUUGGGUUUUCAAACUUGUUCUUGGAGGAAUGUAUUCUAAUAAAAUGACACGCUCCAUUUUUCUGCAAAUUUUUCUCGGAAUAUUUGCUUGCUUGAGUGUUUCAUGGGUGAAGGCUGAAGACCCAUAUAGAUAUUUUACAUUGGAGGUUACAUAUGGAACAAUUUCUCCUCUCGGUGUCAACCAACGGGGCAUCCUUAUCAAUGGGCAGUUUCCUGGACCCACACUUGACUGCAUCACUAACGACAAUGUAAUUGUUGAUGUCAUUAAUAAUCUGGAUGAGCCUUUCCUCAUUACAUGGAAUGGAAUUAAACAGAGGAAGUCCUCAUGGCAAGAUGGAGUGCUUGGAACGAAUUGCCCAAUCCCUCCAAACACAAACUGGACAUACAAGAUGCAAAUGAAGGAUCAGAUAGGGACCUUCUCCUAUUUUCCUUCGACUUUGAUGCAUAGAGCUGCUGGUGGUUUUGGGGGGCUCAAUGUCGCAUCAAGGUCAAUUAUACCCGUACCUUAUGACAAACCUGCUGACGAAUUCACAGUAGUUGUCAAUGAUUGGUGGAAGUCUGAUCACAAGAUAUUACAGCAAACACUGGACUCAGGGAAUCCUUUUCCUUUCCCUGAUGCUAUCCUUAUAAAUGGACUUCCUAAAUCUGCUUCUUUCAUCGGUGAAAAAGGGCAAUCCUAUCUGUUUAGGGUGUCGAAUGUGGGUUUAACAACUUCAAUCAACUUCAGGAUUCAGGGCCAUACAUUAACACUGGUUGAGGUUGAAGGAGCUCAUACUCAGCAGGUAGUAUAUUAUGAAUCACUUGAUAUUCAUGUUGGCCAAGCUGUGGCUGUUUUGGUGACCUUAAACGGGUCACCAAAGGACUACUUCAUUGUUGCUUCAUCUCGUUUUACAAAGCCUAUUCUUACUGCUACUGCAAUUCUUCACUAUGCUGGUUCUAACAGCCCAGCCACCGAACCACUGCCCAUUGGUCCUACUUAUCAGCUUCACUGGUCCAUGAAGCAAGCACGGACAAUCAGAUGGAAUUUGACGGCAAAUGCAGCCAGGCCCAAUCCUCAAGGGUCAUUUCAUUAUGGUACAAUACCAGUAGUUCGGACAAUUAUACUUGCAAACUCAGCGACAAAGAUAAAUGGCAAACUUCGCUAUGCUGUUAACAAUGUCUCCUAUGUUAACCCAAGCACCCCUCUGAAGCUUGCUGACUAUCUUAACAUCCCUGGAGUCUUCAGUUUGACCACAAUCAAGGACACUCCUCCUACAGGCCCUGCAGUACUUGGCACCUCUGUCAUUGGCACUACUCUUCACGACUUUGUGGAAGUAGUCUUUCAAAAUAAUGAGAAAACUGUCCAAGCUUGGCAUCUUGAUGGCUAUGAUUUCUGGACAGUCGGAUUUGGGAAUGGUCAGUGGAUACCUGAUAUGAGAAAACGCUACAAUCUAGCUGAUGCAACCAGCAGAUACACUGUCCAGGUCUAUCCAAAUGGUUGGAGUGUGAUCUUGGUGUCGUUGGACAACAAGGGCAUGUGGAAUUUGAGGUCUGCAAUCUGGCCGAGGCAGUAUUUGGGUCAGCAAUUGUACGUUAGAGUGUGGAACAGCGUAACCAGCGCGUAUACGGAGUAUAACAUCCCUCAAAAUGCUUUGUUUUGUGGCUUGGCACACCCUUAGUAGUAGGAUAUUAUUCAUCAUUGAUGCAUGUAACCUUUUCCUUCUAUAAUUUUUUUUUCUUUCUUUUUUUUUUUAUUUUAAAUUUUCGCUAUUGUAAUUCAGUCACAAGAGAGUGACUGUCAACCAAGAAAAAAAGAAAACAGAAGAGGUAAUUGGGGAGUGACAAAGGUUUUACAAUUGUCAUUGUGUUUAGAUUUCUCCCUAGUCAUAAUCUUAAUAAAAAAGUUCAAUCUUAUUCUGAA